CACAACAACUAGCAGAGAGUUUGGAGGCUGCUACCUAAUAGAGAAGGCAAACAUGAAACAUUUCUUACUCAUGAUUGGCCUCUGUGGAGUGCUUUCAUGGGCUUUGCCUGUCCUCCCACAAACCGAAGAAGUCUCAGAAGAGGAUGUGCAGCUUGCCAAGAAAUACCUCAACAGCUAUUACCCAGAACCAGAAGUAAGUCCUGUCAUUCGGAGCCAAGCAGGUAGAAUUGAGGUGAAUAUAGAAAAUAACGACAAAUGCAGGAAUUCUUUAGACUUGAAAGUGAGGCAAACGAGCUAGGAUUCAAAACACCUUAGAUGCAAUGAGGGCCCCCCCCCUUAGAUGUGCAAGGGUCUCCUGAUAUCCCGAAGGUUGUUCAAAAUCCUUUCCACUGUCACCAAGGCUGGGGAAAGAAAGACUUAACAUAUAGUUUCUUCAGAAUUACACGCUUCAGACAUGCCUGGAGUGCUUCGAUGUAAGAAGAGGCCAUCAGGAGAGCUUGGAAAUUGUGGAGUGGCGUGACCCCCUUGACCUUCACCAUGGCUUCAGGGGACUCUGCUGAUAUAUUAAUCGCGUUUGGUGCUGGAGUACACAGCCCCAAUCCUUUUGACCCUCCCUUUGAUGGGCCUGGCAAAGACCUGGGUCAUGCCUUUUCGCCAGCUCAUGGUGGAAAUGUUCAUUUUGAUGAAGAUGAAGACUGGACCAAGGAUGCACAAGGAAUCAACCUUUUCCAUGUGGCUGCUCAUGAGUUUGGCCAUGCACUGGGGCUCGCCCAUUCCACUAUUCAGGAUGCUCUGAUGUUUCCAAAAUACAUACAUUCAGACCCUGCAAAGGUCAGGCUUCACCAGGAUGACAUUGAGGGCAUUCAGUCCCUUUACGGACCCUCUGAAGAAGCUGAUGGCGGUGAUCAGCAAGCAGGAUCUGGAGCACCAGCAAACGUGCCAGAGCAGGCAACAGACUUGUGCAGCUCUCACCUAUCUUUUGAUGCUGCCACCAGUCUCCGAGGAGAAACUUUGUUCUUUAAAGACAGCUUCAUGUGGCGGAAGAACCCUGCACAAGGCUACUUUCAAAAAGACCAGAUUUCUGCAUUCUGGCCAGCUUUGACUGGAGGAAUCGAUGCUGCGUAUGAAGCUGAAAAUAAAGACACAUUAUUCCUUUUCAAAGGAGAGAAUUACUGGGCUAGCAAAGCAAAUAUUAUACAGCCAGUUUUCCCAAAGAGCAUCCACUCACUGGGCUUUCCCCAAAGUGUUAAGAAGAUUGAUGCGGCUGUUUAUGACAAGAACACCAAGAAAACAUUAUUCUUUGCAGGUGACAACUACUGGAGAUACGAUGAAACCAGGAAUUCUAUGGACAGGAGAUAUCCCCGAAAGAUAGCAUUUGACUUCCCUGAGGUUGGAUCCAGAGUGGAUGCUGCCUUUCAACAUAAUGGGCAUUUCUAUUUAUUCAGAGGCUCCAAACAAUAUGAGAUUGACAGCAAAGGGAGAAGAUUUAUUGGCAUAAAGAAAAGCAACUUCUGGUUUGGCUGCCAGUGACCAGGGAGGACAAUGCAGAAGCAGAGAAUGAAAGAAUUCUUGCAUCAAGCCUUACUGCUUAUUGGCGUCAUUCACUUUCAGUCCAUGUUUUUUGGUCUUCCAUCGAACUACUGUUAAUGCACUUUAAGACAAGCAAAAACGAAAUGUCUAUUUGUAAUAUUCAGUACAAAAAUAUUAUUUAUUUGUCACACUGUGUGUUGCUGAUUAAUAAAGUAACUUAUGUUUCUUA